CGCGAUUUCUCGAUCGAGGUCAUUCGCGCGGGAUCCGAGGAGAUCGAUCGGUGCUCGACGAAGCUAACAAAAUCGCCAGUGUUUUCACGGGAUACAUGAAGAUGUGAUCCGCGCGAGGAGCGUCGAUAGAGGGAUGCCGGAUGGAGUACCAAUGGGACGGACCUGAGACGAGCUCCACCCAUAAGCCUGCGCUCCGCCCUCGUGAAAUUCAUUUACCCGGGAGUUACCCUGGACUUUCCACUAGUCAGAUUGGCUCUCUCAACAUUGCCGCUUGCUCUACAUGACAAUCGCGAUGCGAGCUGGCCCGCGCUCCGAGUGACCGUCGAUUUGUCGUUUAAUCGCGCGACACUGUUCGCACUUCUCGCCUCCGACAGACAUGCCGAUGUUAACGUACAGCGGCUGCAGCGGCGGGACUGCGGAUACCGAGAAUGGAUCCCCGGCGGAAUCGUUGUUGUCCGGCGAAGGAGAACUCCCGGAGGAAGCCGGAGAUUCCCCCGGGACGUCGAGGGACACCGAGGAGGAAGCCACGUUGUCCGACGAGUUUUACUCGCACGACACCGACGAGGAGGACGACCAGAGUAAGAGGAGGCGAGAUCGUCCCAGUUCCCUAGACGGCAUCUCACCGUCCGGCAGCGGCCACUUGGGGUCGCCGCCGCCUCGCAUAGGCAACAUGGGGGUGAGAAAACUCUUCACAAACAGUCGCGAGCGAUGGAGGCAGCAAAACGUGAGCGGCGCCUUCGCCGAACUUCGCAAAUUGGUGCCGACGCAUCCGCCCGACAAGAAGCUGUCGAAGAAUGAGAUUCUGAGGAUGGCGAUAAAGUAUAUAUCGCUGCUGAGCAGCGUCCUGGAGUGGCAGAAGGGCCAGGACCGCAACGGGGUGCAGCACCAGGACGUGCGCAUCAAGUGCGAGUCCCACCUGAGCGGGCAGAAUCCCGCCACGUAUCACACGAAGUCGACGGUGGCGUACCUGAAGCAGGAGAAGCAGCAUCCCGACACCUCGCACGUCUUCCGCAUCAAUUACGGCGCGCAGAGGCACGGCUCGCAGCACGCGACGUGCGAGAAGAACGGCAGCAACUUGCUGAUGAUCGCACCGGCCGGGCUCAACGUCUCCGCCGCAGGAAAACGCUGCGUUACACCUGUCGUCGUUAGCCAGGGCAGCUUUCACAGCAAUAGCAACGGGAAUCUCAUACGUUCUCCAGCGAGCGGACGGACCUCGGGGUUCCCGAAGUCGCCGCAGGUCUCCUCGGGUACCAGCAUGGCGCCCAACGGUAGCUCCUCGUCCUUGACUAAUAACGCACCAGUCACGAACGGUGUAGGAUCGAGCGGAUCGAACUGUGGCCAAAAGAGAUUCAAGAUCGAGCGGGAAGAGGAAGAGCAGGGCACUUCGAGGGAUUGCCGAGCUCCGCCACCGCCUGCUCAUAGUGUGCCGGUAAGGAAAAGGAUAAAGGUCACUUUCGUGAAGGACUCGGUCUCGGGAUUCCGCGGCGAUCUGUGCGGUGUAGAUCGCAAGUGAACAGGAGAAAUGCUCUUUGCGACACGAUCAACCGUCAUGGUUUUAUUUCUCAACAACGUGCGCGUAUUGUGUAAAUAUUUCUUUGAUGCUGUAUCCGACAAUAAUUGGGGUAAAACGACGUAGAAUCGGAUUAUCCGCUCGACGGCGAUCUUGAAUUAACAUUGGGUUGAGCGUCUCAUUCGUGAUUAUGCGAAUUUUCUCCGAAGACGCUUCUCAUUAGCGCUGAAUGCUAUUGUGUCGCAUGUAACGGUUUUCAUUCUGUGAAAAUUUAAGCGAAUGUUUCCGUGAGCUCAAAUGGUCUUGAUAGUACAAAAGUUUAAAGGUCAUUUCGUUCAAUACUCAGCAAUCUUUGAGUCAUGUGCAUUAAAAUUUGUUGUGCGUAAGAAUUUUCUUUCAACAGAUAUGAGAAAUUAAUAGGUAUUAAUGUAUAUCAAAAUGAAUUCUUUACGAGAGCACCUGGGGAGAAAAAUGAUCUCUAAGGGACUGUAGAAGCUGCGGUUGGAAGAACACUCAGAGUUGGUUCCGGCGAACGUCAAAGCGCGACCGAUGGAACGUUCUUCAAAGAAUACUUUAUUACUCACGUUGCGUUACAUCGUUUGUACAAUACUUGAGAAUUGUAUCGCAGUUGCGCACAGAACAGUGACAUGAGAAACACGGAUAGGAAACUCCCAGUUACAUGGUUCAUUGUAAACCCGUUACAAAUAUAUUCACGUGUCAGGCUCCCCGCGUCCGAUUUGGGUGCCGACUUAUUGUAGAUCUUGUAUAUAACAGAAUAUAUCGAAUUUUUUUUGUGAUUCGUACAUCUAUCCGUUUAUCGUAUUUAUUCUACGGUGAACACAGCAAACACUUGGAUGCUUAAUAGUUAUCGACAGACAACAACUCCAUCCUGUGUAUUCCGGGAGAAUCGUUUACGGUCGUUCUAUCCUUCGUAAAA